AUGAAUUUUUUGGAAAGGAUAGUUAUCUUCGCGAUAAUCUGCACAGGACUCUGUUCGGCUGUUGAUCCAGAUUGGUCAUGUGACUUUGAAGAGGACAAAUGUGGAAUCAUUGAAGAGGAAGGGAGCUGGACCAUCGGCAACGAUCCUUACAGAGGGGCUCUAAUCGCAGAUGUGUCUACAAGCAGUACAGGUGACAUGUUCAUAUUCUCCAUCCCGCACAAUUUCACAUCACCGCAAGGAAAUUUAUCUUUUGACUACUUCUUUGCGGGGGAUGGUUCAGACUUGUUGGUCAAGGUUUGCAGGGAAGCAAUUGAACCUGCAUUUGCAUUUGCUGGUAUGGGAGGUGCAAUGCUAGAUACUGAAGUCGUUCCUUACUCAUGUGCAAGCAAAAUGGAUGUUGAGAUUACAUUCAUUGCAAGAAGGGGUCGUUAUCCUCCUAUCAUCAGAGUAGACAACAUUCAAAUAUAUGAAAUACCAAAUAUAGCGUCCUGCCUGGAAUCGGUUGUCACGGGUACAUUUGGAACCCUGAACUUCCUCGCUACACCUCUGGACCAGACCGCUGACAGCCAAGAACGGUGUAGUGAAUACAGUAACAACACCCCCCUACCAAGAGCUAGACGGACAUGUCGUGGGGAUCUUUUAUCAUCAGCUGUCUGGGAUGAUCCCGUGUUCCAAGACUGCGUUGAGGGAGAAGAUACUAAUGAGGUUCUAGAAAACAUUGCAAGGGCAGUUGUGACAUCAGAGAAUGUGACCGAAUAUUCUUACUACGUUGCUGAAGCGACCGCGAAUGUCACCGAUAUCAACGCGGAAGGUCUCCGAGCCAUUUCCGAUGCUCUGGAGAAAAUCGUCAACGCCGGAAACUCAUCGACAGAGGUCACCAACAAUACCCUCCAGAUCGUCGACAACGCUCUCGGUGCUCCCGACGAGGAGUUCGUAAACUCCGUAGACGUCGAAGCUCCGACGAGGAUUCUCGAUUUCUUAGAGCAACAGAUCACCCUCUUCCAGACCAAGGGCGACGCCAACAACCUCACCAUCGUCGGAAGGAGCGUAGCUGUGGUGGCCCUCCAGUUCCCGAACGCCAGUCUGUUGGAAGGCUUAGGAUUCGCUACCCUGGCAUCGCCGGACGGUGAAGAGAAAAGUGAAGUGCUCAACGAGCUGAAUGAAAAUAAAACGAUGGUGUACUUCAACCCAGACAACAUUCCAAAGACAACAAUCGAUGCAGCUGUUGUUUUGCCACCAGACAUUCUUGGACUGUUGCCUCUAUAUUUAUUAGAAAAUGGAACUGUUCCAGUGACUUUCUUCAUAUUCCAGACCAGUAAGAUCUUCAUAAGUUCAGACCAAGAAUACGACCUCGGCGGUGGUCGUCGACUAGCGGUCGGCACCCGGGUCAUAUCAGCGACCGUGGAGGGUGCGGUCAUUCAAGGUUUGCCGCAGGGUGGUGAAGUGGAGACAGCCUUCCUCGAACUGAAUGUGACUCGAGACAGUGAGGCGGUGGAUAACAGGACGUGUGUGUUCUGGGAUAAGACUGAUCAAGGUGGCCGAUGGUCGUCAGAAGGAUGUCGACGAGAAGACAACCCCGACAACAAUAGGAUACGAUGUCUUUGCGAUCACCUGACAAGCUUUGCCGUUUUACUGGAUGUAUCAGGAGAUGUGGGCCUCUACGUUUUAGAUGUGUUUGGCAUGAUCGGCUGUAUCAUCUCCAUCAUAUGCCUAGUGAUCACACUUGUUACCUAUCUGAGCAUGAAAAAACUACGCUCGAAACAACCUCAGCAGAUCCUGAUCAACCUUUGCUUCGCGCUCCUCGGGCUCUAUCUCGUGUUCGUCAUCGGUAUCGACCGCCGAUACCCGACCGCGGGUUGCGUGGUCGUCGGUUUUCUCAUCCAUUUCUUUCUGCUGUCGUCGAUGUCGUGGAUGUUGGUGGAAGCUAUCAAUAUGUACCUCCUCUUCGUCAAGGUCUUAAACGCCACCGUCUCUCGUUUUAUGCUCAAGGCCGCGUUUUUUGCUUAUGGUUUGCCUCUUCUCGUGUGCAUCAUAACGGUAGCAGUCGAUAGCUCACUCUACUUGGGAGACGGGACUUAUUGCUUUGUCAAACCGGGUCCUGCCCUGUAUUACGGCGUCUUACUCAUCGUCGCUAUCUUACUUGCCGCCAACUUCAUCAUCUUUGGUCUCGUCAUGCAACGCUUGUCAUGCCGCAAGUCCGUCGCUGACAACAAGACCAACCAAGCCAACCGCGGUGAGAUGUGGCGACGGGUCCAGAACGCCGCUGCCAUCUCUGUCUUGCUCGGUCUGACAUGGUUGUUCGGUUUCCUCGCCGUUGGUGGUGCCCGUCUUGUCUUCAACAUCCUCUUCCUCGUCUUAAACUCCCUCCAGGGGUUCCUCGUCUUCAUCAUGUUCUGCGUCCGGCAGAAGAAGGUCCGUGAGCAGUGGGUUCGAUGGAUGCACUGCCACUUUGCCGGUCAGCGUCGCAGUGACGAUUGCGUCAAGGCAAAGUACAAGAAAACUGGGUCGCAGGAUGGUCGAACGUCCUUGGCGACUUCGAGCGGUCAAGGUAUUCAACUGGCAAGUAGAGAAACAGUCAGCACCAAUACUACAUAGUGACUUCCAGGAUAUUAAUACAUUUUGCAUGAGUACAUUGCUAGACCAGCUGACCAGUAAGAAAAUAUGAGAAUAAAAUGCCAUUGAUAGUA